AUGAUAAAUCGAAGUAACCCUGGAAAUAAAGAUAUUGACGGGAUAUUUGCGAAUAAGCUUCCAUAUUUGGAUACCAUGAUGAAGCUGGAGUUCAAUGGCUUCGAGAUCAAGCCAGACCCCAAUCCGCAUCGAAAGCUGCUUGUUCCGCCUAUCGGAUUGGAUGGGCAGAAGCGGGAGGCUCCAGCGCAGUUUGAAUACAUUCAACCUCCUGCAGCAGCAUUAUCUAUCAAUUCUUUCUGUAUCUCCGGACCGCUUCCUGUCGUCGAACAGGUGAUGAUCGAUCCACGAGAAAGGCUGCUGCUCGAUUUGAAAGAAAAGCUCGGGAUAAGUACCACGUUCGAAAACUAUUCGCUAGGAUUCUCAGAUCUGCAUUACACCGAGGAUCCGACUGAUCCGGAGUUUGUGAUCAUGCGGGACAUACGGGACAGCCGAACCGAGUAUAUCGCCGAGUUCCACGGGUUGUUCUGUGUCUUGAUGAUGCACGAUGGAAAUAAGGCUCGAAAAUACCCAGCGUGUAUACACCUCUUCCGAAAUGGUCCAAUAAAGGCCGGUUCGAGCCGGCGAGGCGGGACUCACGGCUAUAUGGCGCCGGAGGUUCUCAGGGAGGAAGUGAUUGAUGAUCAGGACGCUCAUAAAUGUGAUAUCUAUGGAGCCGGAUGGGUGGUGCUGGAUAUGAUUAAUCGAAGUGCUCCCGGAAGUCAAGCGGUUGAUCGUAUAUUUGAGGAUAAGCUUCCAUAUUUGAAUACCGUAAGGGAGCUCGUGGUAGGAUGCACGCAAGAGCAGUUAAGUGAGCGGUUUCGUGUGGAAGCUGCGCUGAAACUCUGUAAAACGAUGACAAAGGAGUUCGCCGGCUUUGACAUCAAACCAGAUCCAAAUCCGCAUCAAAAAAGGCUUGUGCUACCUAUUGGAUUGGAUGGACAAAAGAAUCGAGCUCUUAUGCACGAUUAUUACGAAGGGUUCAACCGAACCAAAGGUAUUCGGCCAAGUUUUAUUGAAGAAGAUGGGAUAGAACAGUUCGAGAAGAUGCGUGAGCUCAUUGACGAUUUUUGGAGUCAGCUCAGG